AUGGCCAAGAAUCAGCGUUUCACCAUCGCUUGGAUUUCCCCUCUCCCCCUGGAAAGAGAGGCUGCUCGACUCGUGCUAGACGAAGAGUAUCCUCAAGAAGAAAUUCAUCAUCGCGGCGUCUACUAUCUGGGAGGACGCAUUGGUCAACACGAGGUUGUCAUUGGGCUGCAGCACAAGAUUGGGCUGAAUGGGGCUGCAAACAUUGCUGCGAGGAUGUCCGCUGGGUUUCCCAACAUCAAACACUUUGUGCUCGUUGGCAUCGCUGGCGGGGUGCCUCGCUACGGCGUUGCAGGUAAUGCCAGCGAGAUGGUGCUGGGAGACGUUGUGGUCAGCUCUCCGCGGGGUAAUUCUGGCGGGGUGGCGCAGUACGAUAAGGGCGCUUGGAAGGGCGAGCGCGAGGGGCGCCUGAUAUUCCGUGGAUACACAAACGGCAUCCCUGGAGAUCUGCUGGCUGCUGUGAACAACUAUCGAGCUGAGGGCUGGUCGCAGACGAAUAUUCCAGAGAUACUGGGGCAAAUGCGUGGCAAGCUUGACGAGAAGCGUCAGCACCAGUACGAUGACCCUGGUCCUAUUCGCGACGUGCUAUACAAAGACAACUACGAGCACCAAGGAACUGAGUAUGACGAUUGCAAGCAAUGCUGCGACGCAGACCAUUCUGACUCACGCUCCGAUCGAGGGCAAAGCGCUGUCCGAAUGGUAGACGAGCCGUUCGUCCAUUACGGCAACAUAGCCUCCAGCAGUCAACUGCAGAUAUCCGCCAAAGAACGAAACCGAAUCCAGCUCGAGCACGAAGUCAUCUGCUUUGAGAUGGAAGCAGCAGGCGUCAUGGAGGAACAUCCAUGCCUCGUGGUCCGUGGCAUCUGCGACUAUGCAGAUUCUCACAAGAACAAAGGCUGGCAGAAUUACGCGGCUGCUACGGCAGCUGCAUGCGCGAAAGGACUGCUAUUGAAGAUUCCGGCGGUUGAGAUUGGAGGCGCCGAGGCGUCUGCGAGCCUGGCUGCAACCCCGUCUUCUGCACAGUCGUCACGUGUUUCGUUUGGGAAUAAUAACCAGGGCUUUCAGGCUGGGAAUAUCUAUGGACCGGUCAGUGGAAUGACAUUUGGACGGCACUAA